AUGGCGUACAACGCCGUCGCUCAAGUCGACCACGAGGUGGCUUCCCUUUCUUCCGCUUCUGCAUCCCGCAGCCCCUCGCCCGCUCAUGGACAUGCAUUCGAGCAGCUGCCGCUUGAUACUGAUCACAUCGGGGGAGGAAACCACCUAGAAGCUGCCAAAACCACGGACAAUCCCAGUUUCGGUCAGUUAGGUUCGAUACUCCGCUCCAUGACUUCUACCAGCUACGAUGUGGUGGAGGACGAUGACUAUGACGCCGAUCCUUCCCCCGAAGAGCGAUCCAACAGCCUGCAUAUUCCACCACUCAAUACGACCGUCGCGCGACAUUCUUCUCCCGAGCCCCCCAUCCACAGCGCAUGCAGCGAGGCUCCCGUACCUCUCAGCCACCCUACCCCGGAUUUACAGUCGAUACAAGGAGCCUACAAAGGAAAUGUAACGCGGUUGGAACAAAGCGCGGAGCAGCUGAGCUCGUGCUCCGCGGACAUUGAGAGCGAGAUCCGUCGCAUGGACCAAGAGCAAAAGCGACGAUCAGUCAGUUCCGCGUCUAAUUCAAUCAUUCACCGAAAUGGUGCAUUCUCCCCAGCAGCCACAAUUUCUUCCGCUCAUGGAUCGAAUGCGUCCCCCGCGCGUCAGCGCUCCGCAUCAGGGGCGCGUCUGGCUCAGCUCGCGGAGCCUGCACAUGAUGAACAUGAACAUGAAGUGGAUGAAUUUCCGGGGCUCCCCAAUCUACCAGCACCGCAGCCCCUUUUCAAUACCCAGAGCGAUUACUAUUACGACCAAUAUGUUCCACAAGGAGUUCCCGCAGAGGCGGAGUUGGAGCGCCGGGCCUCGGUCGCAUCGAACGAUACCUACCAGCAGGCGCGGACACUGUUCACCGACUUUGACGGUGUCCAUUUCACACCCUUGGAGCAGGGUCGCCAGGUCUCUUUAGAGCAGCCGCCGCUCGCCCGCAAGCCGGAACAUUACAAAAAACCGCAAGCAGGGGAGAACAUGGUGUUUUAUCCCGCCCCUGUUCCACGCAUGUUGAAUCUGCCACCGAAGCUGUCACACAAGGCAAACAUUGACCGGGAUAAGCGUCGUACACAGCUUGCAGGCGCCAUCGCCGCUCAGGAUAGAAAGUCAACAGCUGUGCUACCUGACGCCGAUCAAAAAGACCCAAGCGAUAGCCACAAAGAUAAACGCAAAUCGACAUUGCCACCACAUCUCCGUGCGAGUGUAUUUUUUGAUCAGCCGAGUACAUCACUCCAGGUCGAAGUUAAGCAAGAUUCUGCGGUUGCUACGCUGGAGAGCAUUUUGGACGCCUCUGCGAAUGCCCCCGUUUCGGCUUUCACUGAUCACCCGUAUGCUGGUCAUGUCGGCGCGUUCAUCUACAACAAAUCAAAACGCAAGACCCUGACAAAAGAUACGACAGGGCAAAAGACAAAUCGUCUUUCGCGAGCCACGAUUGGCCAGCCUUAUAACACUAAUAAUGUAGACGAGCAUGGGGACCCUGUCACUUCACGACAUGGAUCGGAAGCGGGGAAUGACUCGGAUAGAAAUCGUGAUGAGCACGACCAUGAGCGCGGGUCAGAAGGCACUGAUACCGAAAGUGACGAACAAUCUGAAGACGAAGAGGACGAGGAAGAGGAAGAGGGCGAAUUGGACUAUGUUGGUCCACCGAACACGCUUAUCGCCGAAUUGGAGUUGCGGAAGCAUGAGUUGAAGCACCGACGGCGGACGGCUGUGCCUGUACCUUUCCAUGGUAUGCGGACCACUUUGUUAGAAAUGGACGAAAUGGCCCAAAAGCAAAGUGAUAAACGGCGGCAACGUCCUGUCGCUUUGGCCUGGGAAGGACGGGACGAAGACGAUGACGUUCCCCUGGCUAUGUUGUACCCCGAGAAAACCAAUACGGAAAAUGACGAUCGACCUUUGGGGUUGAUAGCGAAGCGCCAACAAGAAGAAAAUGAGCCUCUGAGCUCACGCCGUGCCAGGUUGCGGGGUGAACCAAUCCCGCAGCCGGAGCAGCGUCCUGCUACAGUGUAUGCAACAGGGCCCCCGGCGCAUGUUCCUGAGCCGGCCGCCGAGAGUGAGGAUGAGACGGAGAUAGAGACCCUCGCCGAGCGACUUCAACGGUUAAAGGGACAUAACCGCUCGGAGAGCAAAUUUGCCAGUGACCUGAUGGCCGAAAUUGAUACCAGGGCUGGAGUUGUGCCCAACGAGACCCAAGAACCUCCCGCCCCCAACGAAGAAGAGACACUCGCACAACGACGUAGUCGCCUUCAGAAAGAGGCCGCUGCCCAACUUGCGCCUCCAAAGAACCCGCGAAUGCGCCGCAGCAUGGCCGCGCUUACAGAGGGUCGUCCUCCCCAGCUUGCUCGCCAGUCGUCGCAUGAUGUUUUCAAUCAGCGGCCUGUCACCAUGUCCCAGUAUGGGAACCGCAUGUCCAUGCAACAAUUUCCGCCACAAAUGGGAUAUCCCACACCUGCAGGAUACCAGAUGGCACAUCAAUAUGGGUAUCCUAUGAACCCUGCGAUGAUGGGCACGAAUGGCAUGGGAUAUACUCCAAACAUGGCACCACACACUGGCCCGGUCACAACCGACGUGAUCGACCGCUGGAGGCAAAGCAUUCGUUGA